AUGGCCGACGUGUUCCGAUCGGGUCAGUGCUCGGAUCCGCCGCAGCUCAAAUCGGCCGACGACGGGGCCUCGCCGUUUCCGAGGAUCGAGUUUCAUCUCGCGAGGAAGCCGUUCAAGGGGUUUAACAACGACGGCAGUGACUUCCGGCCCGAGACGCUUAAUCCGGGAACUAGCGGCGGCUCCGAUUCACGUCGACCCGGUUCGGGAGGUUCGGGUCAGGGCCAGUCGGGUUCGGGAGCGAAGAAGAGUGACGGGUCGGAGUUUGUGGAAAACGGGUGGGACCCGGAGCUUAGUUUUCCCAUCACUUUUCGGAGAAUUGGUGCCGGUUUGAUAAACAUGGGGAAUACUUGUUAUCUUAAUUCGGUGUUGCAAUGCCUGACGUAUACUGAGCCUUUAGCUGCUUACUUGCAAAGUGGCAGGCAUCGGAAUUCGUGUCAUAUAAAGAAUGGUUUUUGUGCUUUGUGUGCCAUUCAAGAACACGUCAGUCUUGCUCUGCAAUCGACUAAGAGCAUUUUGCCCAAGGCUCUUGUCUUCAACCUACAACGCAUAUCGCGAAACUUUCGGAAGUCCAGACAGGAGGAUGCACAUGAAUACAUGGUAAACUUGCUGGAAUCCAUGCAUAAAUGUUGUUUACCAUCUGGUGUGCCUAGUGAAUCCCCUAGUGCCUAUGAGAAGAGUUUGGUACACAAGAUCUUUGGUGGUCGCCUACGAAGUCGGGUCAAAUGUUUGCAGUGCUCGUAUUGCUCUGACAAGUUAGAUCCAUUCCUAGAUUUAAGUCUUGAAAUAGUCAAGGCAAAUUCUUUGAAUAAAGCACUUGUGAACUUUACCUCCGAAGAACAACUGGAUGGUGGGGAAAGACAAUAUCAGUGCCAAAAAUGCAAUCACAAAGUUCGAGCUAGCAAACAGAUGACCAUCCACAAGCCGCCUAGUGUUCUCACCAUCCAUUUAAAGCGGUUUCGUGCACAUGACCCUGGACAAAAAAUUAACAAAGAAGUUCAAUUUGGUCCUACAUUGGACCUGAGACCUUUUGUUAGUGGACCAUAUCCGGAAGGAGAUUUGAAAUAUACUCUGUAUGGGGUUCUAGUUCAUUGUGGGGCUAGCACCUAUUCUGGCCAUUAUUAUUGCUUUGUUCGAACUUCAACUGGCAUAUGGCACUCUCUGGAUGAUAAUAAUGUUAGGCAAGUUCGUGAGAUGACUGUUUUACAGCAGAAGGCUUACAUGUUGUUCUAUGUACGUGAUAGAAGAAAUAUUAUUCCGAGGAAGCCUGUUGAUGUUGCUCAAAUGGAGUAUUUCAAACAAAAUGGUAUUGGAAAUAAAAUUACUCCUCCUGACAACCAUUUGCCGAAAGAACCUAUUCGAAAAAUUGCAGCUGUGAACAGAUCAAGUGACCUAGCCUCUUCUAGAGCGCAAAAAGAUGCAUCAGCUAUAGUCACAAGGGUUUCCCAUUUGAAGGAAGCAUCAGUUGAUCCAAAUAAUGGCCACAUAGUGACACAAAAUAUGGUGCAUAAGGAGGCUAUUUUAGAGUCGUCUUCAAAAGCGUCAUUAUCAGAGGGCUCGUUGGGACAAAAUAUGCCACCAUGUAAUCCGCUUCCAAGCAGCAAAACUGGCACGUCUGAUUCUGCAAGUGGCGGGGAUUCAACAACUGAUGCCAAAAUUAAUGAAUGCAAUGAGAAAGCAAGUUCAAAUGAUAAUGACAGGGUUUCGAUUGUGAUAUUGCCGACUGUGAAGGACCCUGAAACCUUAAAGGCUUGUAAGCCUGUUCAAGAUGAGAUCUCUCAGAAUAAGAAUCAUGCUCCCAGUGCUGGGAAUUUGAGUGUGGCUUCAUCCACAAUUCCUAGUGGUUUACCAUUGGAGAAAUUGAAUCCUGAAAAGCCAUCUGAUCCACCAAGCUCUAGAAUCAGUCAGGCUGGAAGUUUUAUCAAUGAACGCGAGAAGGGUAGUGAUUCUGGCCAGAUAGUUGUAGUUGCUGAUUCAGCAAAAUUGGUUGACUCAUUAGUUUUGACAGAUAGAUCAUUAGAUGUUGAAGCUCCUGACCGCAAGCAACCUAAAGGAUUGAAAAAGAAGCACAUAAAGUGUAAGGUGGCAGGCAUGCAUAUGCAUCCAUCCUUGCUUUCUAGGGCAGUCUUAAGGGUGCAGAAGAAGAAGCACAAAAGUAGUAAACACCCAACUUCAGAUCGUAAGAGCCAUAGUAAGAAAUACUUAUUAGAAAACUGUUGUUCUUCAUCUGAUCAAGGACCAUCUACAUCUGAGAAAACCCAGACAGAUUCCUUGGUUUCUGUCUGUUCGAAGAGAAAGAGAAACAAAUCUGGCUUGAAAACGGAUGAAGAUGGAACUUCUGAUAAGUACUUAGUGAAUUCUCGUGGUGAUUGUUCGAUGGAUAUUAAAGAUGUUGAGUUAAGAGGGAGCCUCAUUCAUAAUGGAACAGUGCUUGCAAAUGAUAAACUACAACAAAACGGUCUUGGCUCUUCCUCUGUUACACUGGAAAACCAAAGGGAGUCGAGGGGAACCGAUGCUCCACAAAAUUGUAAAAGAGAUGAAAUGCAAAAUGGAUGGAAGGUUGUACUGACUCAAGGUCCAGCUGAGACAAUUGUUGCACCUUGGGAUGGAAUAGAAUUGCCUCAGUCUCAUGUUGUAGAAUCAAGCCACGCACCUGUCACCAUCGGUUAUGUUGGAGAUGAAUGGGAUGAAGAAUAUGAUCGGGGGAAGAGAAAGAAGGUAAGGCAAGCAAAACUCAGCCUGGGAGGAUCAAAUCCUUUCCAAAUGCUGGCAAACAAGAAAGCACAAUUGAAGAAACCAAGGAUACAAAGGUUUGAUUCUGGAAAUCGUCCACUUAGGAUAUGAAGGGUCUGCUGUCCUGUGUCCUGUUUUCUGUAGCAGUUGAGACAAAUUGUACGAGGGAGAGCACGUUCUUGACAUUUUUGGGUUUGCUGAGCCGGGGACUGUGUAUCUUAUUCCUGUGGGAGCAUUUCUCGUGCAGAGUUAUUGCUUCAGCAGUUCAGCUGAAAUAUAUUUUUCUACAAAGAUAUAUUUAUUUCUAUCUUUAAUGUUCAUCUCCUAUGAAUUUAUGAUUAGUGGGAGCAUUUCUAACUAUUUAGUUUUAAAGUGUGCCCUGUAGCUUGUGAAACUUGGGUUACAAAUAAUUCAAUAAAUAGAAGAUAUUUGC